AUGUCCAAGGGAGAAAUUAACCAUACUCAUUAUGACAAAUUGAUGGAGAUUUGUACAGGAUAUAAUGAUGUCUACAAUGCUUUGUACAGGCUGAAAACAAAUGACGAAGAAAAAUUAAACGCAAUUUACAAAAAAAUCAAACAAAACCUGAUUGACUCUUAUCAUAUUCCGCCUGAUGCGAUAAUCACUGAAAUAUCCGAACUUUCAAUUUAUAACAACCGCUACAUGAAGUCAUAUUUAGUGAUUGCCAAACAAAUUGUUGACGAAUACCAUCUAAAUCAUGUCAAAAGAAUCAACAGAGUUUUCAAUUACCUUUUCUACAAAGAAUACAGUACAGUAUUGAAUGAAAAGGAGGAAACAAGUUUUAACGAUUUUGAAGAUUCUCAUUAUUCAUCUGAUAUUCACAACCAAAAUUCAAUUCACAGAUCUAUUAUGGAUGAUGACAAAAUAGCAUUGAUAAAUUUUACAGAAAGAGAAGGAUUUGAUAAAGAUCAAAAAUUAAAAAGUGAUUUAUAUCCAUUUUUAGAAGGACAUGGUAUUUCUUUACUUGAACUAUGUUGUUAUCAUGGAUCUGUUGAUUGCUUUAAGUUUUUAAGAACGAAAUUUGAAUCAGAAAUCACUCGAAAUUGUCUUAGAUAUUCUUUUUUGAGUGGAAAUCCAGAAAUUAUGAAUGAAUGCUUGAAAGUACAAAAACCAGGUGAAGGAUGCAUGCUAUAUGCAAUUAUAUCACACAAUAUUGAUUUUGUAACAUUUUUGAUGAAUGAACACAAUAUUAAAAUUGAUUAUUUGUAUUUAAUAUUCUGCAUUAAAUAUAAUAAUCUUUAA